AUGUUUUCCGUGUCCAGACUCGUAAACUGGUCAAUAGUAGCGGUGGCAAUUGCAUUGGUCCAACCAAACAACCCUCUUCAAACUCUGGUGGCUUUCGGUGCGUUGGGGUAUGUUGUGACUCAAGCUCUAGUUCCACGAUUACAACACAGUUUCAUCAAAAUCGGCCUCAAGGGCAAGGAUAUGUCCAAGCGUGGCGACCCAAUUGAGAUAGCAGAGUCCAUGGGAGUAAUUCCGGCGGUGACAUAUAUGAUGUUGAUGUUUUUAUUGAUCCCAUUCAUAUUUUUCAAGUACCUCGUGUCGUUCUCUUCGUUAUCUAAUGACUCCCAAAUGACGUCCAAUUAUAGCGACCAAUACCUGGCGGUGACCAACAACCGUUUGUUUCCUCAUAACAAGCUUUCUGAAUUUUUGAGUGGACUUUUGAGCUUACAGAGUAUCACCUUAUUGGGGCUCUUUGAUGACUUGUUCGAUAUCAGAUGGAGACACAAGUUCUUCAUGCCAGCCAUCGCAUGUGUCCCCUUGUUGAUCGUGUACUAUGUGGAUUUUAGUGUCACUUCUGUGGUGGUCCCCACCUUCAUACAACAUAAAAUCAUCUAUGGUCCCCAAAUGAUAUCCAUUUUAAACUGGGCUAUUCGUCAAGGAAACCACAUCGUGACAUAUAUCACUGGCUUAUCAUUCAGUACAUUGGUCACCGAUUACUCAGUCACCACUUCAGAUCCGUUGCUUUUGGAUCUUGGAAUAUUCUACUAUGCCUACAUGGCGUCAAUUUCGAUCUUUUCGCCAAACGCAAUCAAUAUUCUUGCUGGAAUCAAUGGCCUCGAAGUCGGACAGUCGGUGGUCCUUGCGGUGAUCUUUCUCAUCAAUGAUUUGUGCUAUUUAUUCCUGCUGUCUGUAUCGCAAGCAGCUUAUGAUCUGCACUUACUUUCGGCCAUUUUCAUCAUUCCGUUCAUUGGAGUGUCGUUUGGGCUCCUCAAAUACAACUGGUACCCCGCCAAGGUUUUCGUGGGUGAUACAUACUGCUAUUUCAGUGGCAUGGUAUUCGCAGUCGUUGGUAUUCUUGGACAUUUUUCAAAAACUUUGUUGAUAUUUUUGUUGCCCCAAAUCAUCAAUUUUAUCUACUCAGCUCCGCAAAUCUUUGGGCCUUGUGCCGUGCCCUAG